AACAACAACUUCACAAGGGGUGUGGGGUGGUGUCCUUCUUCCCUUCAUAACUAGUACUAGUAGCAGUGGAAUUUUCUCAUUCCAAUAAGUACCUCCUUCUCAACACAAACUCAGAAAUAGAUAAAGCUUUUGAUUUUGUUCAAGUACCCAUUUCUCUUUUAAAAAGAAAUUUGUGGAUGGAAAUAGAGAUUUGUGGUUGACUGACUUUUGUUGGUUUGAAGAGGAGAAGGGUAAUAAAGGGUUCUUCCAAAUUCUCAAUUUGGGGAGAAGAAGAAGAAGAGGGAUUAGCGUUUCGAUCUGAAGCGAGUCAUCAUGAAGGCAAUUUUUGAGACAAGGGGGAGUACUCAUCAUCAAGUUGAUAUUCAUUUUGUGAAUUCUGCGGUUCAUGGGGUAGUUGAAGAGAAUUUCGAUGGGUAUUAUCUUGGUGACGGCGAUCUUUUCCUCGAAGAAGUUCUCCCAUAUCAGGAAAGUGUUUAUCAAUCACUUCAAGUAAGUGGUGGGAAUGAUAGAGCUAAAGCUUCAACUAGUACUGCACAUGUUGUCAAUCGCGAACAAAGAGGUUUUGAAACAAAGGUUCCAGAACGCGAACAAAGAGGUGUUGAAACAAAGGCUCCAGAAAAGGAAGGUGAAUCUUCACAAGGUCGUAGGAUCAUAUCACAAGUGGAGCUAGAUGAAGCUUUAGCUAUGGAGUUGCAAGAACUGGAAAAUCAAAUUGAUAAUGCCUUAAUUGAUGAAACUUCAGAAACUGAAAUAGUUAACAGAGAAGUCAAUACUACAAACACUUCAGUCCAGGCUGUAAGACAAGAUAGUAUUGACCCGGAUAACAUGACUUAUGAGCAAUUGCAAUCACUAGGAGAAUCCGUUGGAACUGAGAGUAAAGGUCUGUCGGAUGAGCUUAUUGCCUACUUGGAGACAUCUAAGUAUAAAGUAGGAUUCUUCUCCAAGAAAGAAAAACAUGACGAAUGUGUGAUCUGUUGUAUGGAAUACAAAAACCGAGACAUGCUAACCACUUUGCCAUGCCGGCAUUUAUAUCAUUCGAAAUGUAUCACACAGUGGUUGAAGCUCAAGAAGGCAUGCCCGAUUUGCAACGAAGAGGUGUUCGGUUAACAUGUAAAGGAAAUAAUAGGUGUAUUAAAGGUAAAUUGGAUCAGUUCUCUUUUUUGUAUAAAGUUUAUAAGAUCUUGAUUUUCCGUAGAAUGUAAGAGAAGAGACCUCAAUAGUUCUAAAAUGUGUUAGGAAGGAAGGUAUUAUUGAACUUGAAUGAUCAAGAAAGACUACUUAUUAUGGUUUUAGUUAUGAUUUCCUGAAGUUCUCUCUUUUUCUUAUAGAUAAUAUGAUUUUGAC